CACGGUCCCUGAAAGCACCAUUCCUUCCCUGCCAACGUCAGCCGGAACCCGGAAGUAUUCAGCUUGUUGUGAGUUCUUCUUUUGCUGGCUGCUUCUGCUGUCUUGUUCCUCUUCGUCGCUCACAAAUGGCGCGUUCCGAGGCUCUGGGCCGAACCGGGCCGGGUCGGACCGGGCCAGGACUCUGGUACUUGGCGCUGGUGCUGACGGUGCUGGUCGGGCCGGGCGGCGCAGUGUCCGAACCGGGGAAAUGGAUCCUGAAUGUCGACAGCGAAACCGUGAAGAAGCAGAGCUACUUCUUCUUCACUAAAACUCUGUUCAACAGCAGCUUCGUCCAUCUGAAGGCCGAGGCCUGCAACUCGUCGGCAGCCGUCCAGCUGGACGUGUCCUGGUACCUGAGGAACUCCCACUGCUACAAAGAAGUCUUCAGACUGGACGCGAACGAGGCAAAGAAUUACUUCAACUCGACGAAGGUCAGCCAGGGAGGAGGAAGUGGAUAUUAUGUUUUUCACCAAUAUGGUCCAAUCACCUGCCAGCCGCACAUUAGCCCCCAAGCGUUCGGUCUGGAUAAAUUUGACAUGAAAACUCGACUGACGGAAUUGCCGCAGGAACAGCCAAUCACAGAGGAUUUAGGAAGCAGGAGGAGGAGAGAUGCGGACGCUCCAAAACCAAAGGCCGCCGCGGUACAGAAGGAAAGCGCUGCCGUCCCUCAUAAAGAGGCGGCAGCUCAUUUAUCCAUGGACACGGUGGCCGAGAGCUGGGAGGACGGACCCUACAUGUUCAUCCUGAGGAUCAGAGAAAUCAAGCCCGCCAACCCACCCACACCCUGGAGUCUGCAGCUGCAGAUCAGCAUGAAGGGUCCUCACGACUACUUAUCAGCCGCAGAGUGGCCAAUGAUGGUGUUCUACAUGGUGAUGUGCGUCGUGUACGUGCUGCUGGCCGUGUUGUGGCUGCUCCUGUCGGCGUGCUACUGGAGGGAUCUGCUCCGGAUCCAGUUCUGGAUCGGAGGGGUCAUCUUCCUGGGCAUGCUGGAGAAGGCCGUGUACUACGCCGAGUUCCAGAGCAUCAGAUACGACGGCCUGUCAGUCCAGGGCGCGGUGGUGUUUGCCGAGGUGCUCUCGGCAGUGAAGAGGACUCUGGCCAGGGUGCUGGUGAUCAUCGCCAGUCUGGGAUACGGCAUCGUCAAGCCCAGACUCGGUGCGCUGCUCCACAGAGUAGUCGGAGUCGGUCUGCUCUACUUGAUCUUCUCCAUCGUCGAGGGGAUCCUACGAGUCAACGCUGAUCGAGGCAACAACAACAGCAGUAUGCUUUUGUGUUACAUAGUGCUGGCCUUCAUUGACUCCUGUGUUGUCUGGUGGAUCUUCGUGAGUCUGGCCCAGACGAUGAAGCUGCUGAGGCUGCGGAGGAACGUGGUCAAGCUGUCUCUCUACAGACACUUCACCAACACGCUCAUCUUCGCCGUCAUAGCGUCGGUCAUCUUCAUGAUCUGGAGCACCAAGACCUUCAAUCGGUCUACAUGUCUGUCCGACUGGAGGGAGCUGUGGAUAGAUGAUGCGUUCUGGCGCUUCUUGUUCUCCAUCAUCCUAUUGGUCAUCAUGUUCCUAUGGCGACCGUCGGCCAAUAACCAGAGGUAUGCCUUCAGUCCUCUGCUGGAUGAAGAGAGUGAGGAAGAGGAGAAGGAGCCCAUGAUGAACGAGGCUUUCGAGGGGAUGAAAAUGAGGGGCACGAAAAACGAGAGCAACGGCACAGCCAAAGCCAACAAAGUGGACGAGGAUCUGAAAUGGGUAGAAGAGAACAUCCCUUCAUCGAUGGCAGACGUCGCCCUGCCGCCCCUGCUGGACUCUGAUGAGGAAACCAUGACGACCAAGUUCGAGAUGUCCAAGAUGGAGUAGAGCAGACAGACGAUGGCUCGGCCGAGCGGAGGGGAAACGCGGUGCAGGAAUGUUUUGAAAAGAUGAAUAAUACAGAUUAACGUCGGUGUACAAGGUUGAUUUAAAAAGGGAAGGAUGGCUGAUGAAAAUGCACAUGUGCGGAGAGAGAGAGAGAGAGAGAGAGAGAGAGAGAGAGAGAGAGAGAGAGAGAGAGGACGGACUGUGUGUGGGAUUUAACCCCCGACUUUACAAGCUUUGUAAGCCUUGAUUGUACAUAACACUGGGAGUAAAAUCCAUCACAGCGGGAUUCCGGCUCUUUUUAUUUGUAUUGCCUGUUUGUAUUUCUAUUUCUAUAUAUAUAUAUAUAUAUAUAUAUAUAUAUAUACAGUAUAUUUUGAAGAAUUUGAUGCUAAUGAGCGGCUUGUUUUCUUUUCACUGUUGUGGAAAUGACAUUUUUCCCAAUAUUGUCCCAUCUGACUUUUUUGUGCGUUUUCACUGUCAACCACAACGCGAGCUGUGCCUGGGCCUCUGUUGGGUUGAUACCUGUGAUUGUGAAAAAAAUACAUGGAUGUUAAUGAAUUUCUUUUUUUUUUUUGUUCUUUUCUUUUGUUGUGCGGUUCGUUUCAGCUUUUUUGGUUUCCAAUUUAACUCCCAUUAAAAGCUGUUCACAUUCGGGGGAAUUUCACCCAGA